AUGGGGGACAAUAAGCACGAAAGGAGCUAUGUUGAGGAGAGGAAGUCAAGCAAAUCAAUUAAGUUUAAGGACUACAAUGCUGUCUGUGCUGAGUCGGAUGUGUUUACUCUAUAUGUCUACUAUGGUGGGGCAUACUUUGAAAAACCAGAAACAAAAUAUUUGGGUGGUAGCAUGGAGCUUUUUGAGGGGGUUUUGGCCGAAAAAAUUAAUAUGGAUGCUGUCAGAGGUUUUGGCUACUUACUUGGGUGUCAUGCAGAUGCUAGCUAUAGGUAUAGAAUCCCAACUGAAAAUGGUGGGUUGAGACUUAGGCAGAUAGAUGGUGAAGAGGAUGUAAUAGACAUGGCUGCCAUAGGUAAACAAACUGGAAAAGUUGAAGUUUAUGUUGUAUAUGACUUUCAUAUUAGAUCCAUAGAUCCUGGUUUAAAGAACUCCUCACCUGUUGAAAGUGAAACUAAGAAGGAAAAUGAGGAUUUAUGGAAUGUGGACAUCAUAUUUGAUGACUUCAUUGGGAAUGAAGAACUUCCAGUUCAUGUUCCUGUCCAAGAAUUGAACAAUGGUAAACGGAGAGGUCCUGAAACUAAAGAAGAGGAUGGUGCUGAGGCUAAAAAUGAGGCAGAAUUUGAGUCAGGUGAUAAUGGUGAAGGAUUUCAUGAUAGUGACUAUGAUUUAAAUGUCAUAUAUACUGCUAGUGUUGGAGGGAAAGCUAGUAUACCAAAUGCUGAAGAGAAAAAAGUACCAGUACAAUCACAUAGGCAAGUACAAGCAAAAGUAAAAGAAAGUCUUGCUGCUGACUUGCAUUUUGAUGUUUAUGACGGGGACCAAAUUCCUGUCCAAGAGGAAUCAGAUUCCAUAAACACAGAGGAGUUACAUAGUUGCCAUGAUUCCUCAGAUGAAAACUCUUCAAGAAGUAAGCCGAAAUAUGUGAGGUUCAGGCCAGAAGUUGACAUGCAGAAUCCUAAAUUGUUUGUUGGUUUACUGUUUGACACAAAGAUGCUAUUUAAGAGAGCUGUUGAAUUAUAUUCUGUGCAGUGGGGUAAGGAGCCUAGUUGGGAGAAGAAUGACCAGAAAAGGAUCAGGGCAAAAUGCAAGAAUAAAAAAUGCAUGUGGUUUACUUAUGCUGCAAAAGAACCAGAUUCUGAUGCAUUGGUAAUUAGAACAAUGGGACCACAACAUCGGUGUGGUAGAACUUUCUAUCACAAACAUGCGAACUCUAGUUUUUUGGCUAGAUAUUACAUGGAGUUUUUGCGUAUGAAUAGAAAAGUUACAGUUGGUGCAUUUAAAGAGAAGGUGCAUAAGGAGUUGAAUGUAAAUAUCACAAAGGAUCAAGUUUACAAGACCUUUGCAAAAGCCAAAAUCCUGAUUCAAGGAAAGUAUCAGCAACAAUACACAAGGAUUUGGGACUACUGUGAGGAAUUAUUGAACUCAAAUCCAAGUUCCACAGUGCAUGCUGAGACAGAGGUUGAUGAGGAUAGUGAAAAAGAAAGAUUCCAGAGGUUGUAUAUUUGUUUUGCAGCCUUGAAAAAAGGCUUUAAGGAAGGUUGGCGCCCUAUACUUGGUGUUGAUGGCUGCCACCUAAGAGGACCACACCAGGGAGUACUCUUGACUGCUGUAGGCCUUGAUACUAAUGAUUGCAACAAUCCUGUUGCCUAUGCAAUUUUGGAGAUUGAAAACAAGAUGUCUUGGAAAUGGUUCAUCGAGUUCUUAAAGUUUGAUCUUAAAAUCCAUGACCAGAAAAGAUGGACAUUUAUUAGUGACAGGCAGAAGGGAUUGGGUUCUACAAUUCAAGAAAUUCUUCCAGGAGUGGAGCACAGACAUUGCAUUAGACAUCUACACAACAAUUUUAAGAAGCACCAUCCUGGUGAAACUAUUAAGGGUAUGUUUUGGGCAUGUGCAAGGUCUUCGUAUGUUAAUAAGUUUGAAGCUGAAAUGGAGGGAUUGAGGCAGUAUGAUGAGGGUGCACACCAAUGGCUGGUUGAUAACACAUCACCCAACCAUUGGUCAAGGUCACAUUUUAGGACCACUUGCAAGUAUGACAUACUUCUUAAUAAUAUAUGUGAGAGCUUUAAUUCUGUGAUAUUAGAGGCAAGAGAAAAGCCCAUCCUUGGUAUGUUAGAAAAUAUUAGGAUAUACCUAAUGGAAAGACUGAGGACAAAAAGAGAGUGGAUGAGAAAAAGAAAUGAUGUUAUCUGCCCAAAAAUUCAGAAAAAACUUGAAAAAAUUGAGGAGGACUCUAGAUCAAGUAUUGCUAGGUGGUCUGAUGAAUCCAGAUUUGAGGUGACACCUAUGUAG